AUGGAUAUUUUACAGCAAAUCAAUAAUAACUUUGGUUUUGAUAUAGUAUUUCCACUAAAAGACUAUGUAUUUGAUAACGAUAGGUGGGUUAUUGUAGCCUCUAUUCUGGUUAUGGUGACCACUGUAGCGUUGCUGGUUGGUCCUUUAAGAUGGUGGUUAUUAUCAAACAGAGAGAAGAAACAACAAAAGCUACCACUACAAAAACAUCUAAAGAAACAUUUACCACAAAAACAACUACAAUAUCAACAACAACAACUUAAACUACAGCAACAACAACAACAAUUACCAAUUAAUCAAUUAGCAUUGCUACAAGAUCCAAUACUUAACUUCAAUAGAAAUCUACAAACCAAUAAUCAUCAUCAUCAUCACCACUACGAUAACGAUGCAUCGUUAAACAACAACUUUAACGAUAUCAAUACACUACGCUCGAAAGGCGAUAUCAUAGGUGGUCAACUCAGUAGUGGUAGUAGUAGUUUAAAGAAGUAUAAUAAUAUCAACAACUACAACAACAAAGAUAUGAUGAAUAGUAGUAUAAAUAGUAAUAGUAGCGGUAGCAGUAGUGGAAGCAGUAGUAAUGGUAUCGAUGAAGAUGAAUUUGAUAUGGUGGAUGGCAGUGAAUUGUCAGAGUCUGUACUCUCACAGAGAAUCUUUGAAGAGAAGAUCAGAAUCAAACAAGCAUUGCUAGUGCGUAGAGCCAACAUUAUCUUACAACCGAUGUUAGAACAACAGAAAUCGGAGCAACAGAAACCUAGCAGACCAAAGAGAAUCACUGUUGGACGUAAACCAUAUCAUCACCACAACACCUACAGUCUAAACUCUGCCAAUCUAUUCAACAAUGUUAAAUCACCGAUCAUUACAUCUGCCAAAGUAAAUCCAUCUCUUUACAUACCAACCAACGUAUAUGGCUAUUAUAAAGAGGAAGGAAAUUCCAGUAAUACAAGUAAAAAUAAUAAUAAUAAUAACAAUAAUAAUAAUAAUAAUAACAAUACGAAUAAUAGUGAUAAAAUUAAUAAUAUUGAAAGAAUAAUAAUAACAUCUGCAAUCUCUUCACCUCCAACAUUAUCAUCUUUAUUAUUAAAUGGUGGUAAUGCUACCAAAUCAGCUGAUCUUUUAGUUUUGGAGAACUUUUUAGUAAAUAAUAAUAACAAUAAUAAUAAUACUAUCAUUGAUGAUAAUAGUAGUGUUAAUAUAGAUAGUGUAUCAGAUAGAAAACAAUUGGUAUCAUCAAAUUAUUCGAUGGAUUCUGGUAUACAGUUGAGAUCUGCAAAUGAUGGUAUAAAGACAAGACAAAUGAAAGGUACAGCUGGUGGACAACAACAAGUUGGUAAUCAUGUUACUUUACAAGAUCAGUUGGAAGAUGAUGAAAUCGAUGAGAUUGAUAAUCUCUAUAAGAGUAGAUUGAAUAGUUCAACCAAUUCAACAAUGUCAAUGUCAAUGAUGGACUAUCAACAACAGCAACUACAACAGAAACGUGAUAGUUAUAAUCAUAGUCAUCAACAACAGCAACAGCAACAACCAACAAAGAAAUCACAAGUAACUAAUUUGUUAGCUGAACAAUUUGCAACAUCCAAUGAUUCUGUUGCUACCAACAAGAGUUUGGAGGAAGACGAAGAGGAGGAUUACUGUGGUAGCGAUAUCGAUGGUGAAGACUUUUCGAGUGUCAACAUCGAUUAUAAUGAACGAUUCCAAGAGAUCAUGGAGGAUCUUCGUAACGUCGAUUGUAAUGCCUAUCAACACGAUCGAAUUCGAGUGAACAGUCAGUUCAUCGCCCUCACUCAGGACUUUGUCUAUGCCAGUUCAACCUUUGGAAAGGUUAUCAUAUCGGAACGUUAUCUUCCGAAUAACGAGAAAACCAUACCACCUAUCGAUAUCGGUGGAUUGGCCGGAGGUGACAAGUUUAUCGUUCACGGUAUCCUCUUUAAGUUUGCCAUUGACAAGGAGAAUUUCUAUGGUAGUGACUAUGCUGCUUCGUGUGUAGCCGGACACGAGUUGAAGGGUUUAAUCAAUAUCUUUAAUUUGAAUACCGAUCUAAGUCUACCAUUGAUGGCUUUGGUAGAUUAUCGUGGUUUUCGUGUGAUUGCCAUGUCGAUUCUCCCGGUGGCUAAAGAUACUAUUUGCUAUGGUUCGAACGACUAUGGCAUGACCAUUCACAACAGCGACAAUAUGUUGUCUGACAGUGUCCAAGAGGUUGCUAGACAACUCAAUAUUAAAUCUCAUCAUUGUGGUGAGCAGGCUACCUAUUUACAUUCGCCUGCUGACUUGGAGGGACAUAUCGGGUUCGACGGACGACAUUAUCUCUUGGACUUUGCACGUCUCUUCCCACCAGAGGCACCAAAGAAGGGUAUAAAGAUGGGUCAUCUCUAUCGGCUGUUGCGUCCAGAGUUUGUGAGAAACUACAAGAUGGCGCUCUGCUCUGAUUCAUUCUCUCGAUUCAUUCGUGGUCACAAAGAUGAGGAGCACAACUCUGAGACGGUCGACGCAACAAUGUAUCUGCUAAACACUACUAUUCCAGAGUUGGCAGAGGAAUUGAAUCAUGUCGAGCUGAACGGAUCCAAUAUCUACUCGUUCCCACUGUCAGAGCGACUUCACAAGACUGGCGUCAAUAUCCGUUAUCUCGGUCAUGUGAGACGUUUGGUGGAGUCACCCGAUAUGAAAUCAUUGAUAUUCGUAGAGAUGUGUGCUCGUGUCAUCAAACAACAGAUCAGACAGAAGCUGCGAUACAAGAUGAAACAAGCCAAGAUUCCUUUGGAUGCUCCGUAUCGUCGUUUGAUUGUUGCUUAUCUCAAUCGUGUGCUCGGUGUCAGCGACAAGUCCGAUGAAUUCUGGGACACCAAGAUGAAAAAGUACAUCAUGAAAAAGUUUGAUCGUGGUCUCUUUGAUGAUGAGUUGAAUGGCAAUUCAAUGGUGCUUUCUCUGUUCUCCUUCGAGGACAAUCUUACCGAUGGUAAAUACCUGUUGUUCAAGCGAAUUCAAAAGAUGACAGGACUCAAGUUUACUUCGCGUAUCAACGAGGAAUUCCAAGACAAACCGAAUUGUUGGUUGGAAAGAGGUGAACAGCCGCUGGACAUCAACGAUCUCGAGGAGAUUGGCAUCCGUGUCAAAUACGUUCCAUUCAUGAACGUCGCUCAGGGCUACCUGUUCAAAGUAAAAGGUGAAAUGCUCUUUGCUAGCGAUCCCAUUGCCGCUACUCGUUUCUUUAAUAUGGCACUCGAGAAGUUGGAGACCGCUUUGGAAACCGAUCCAAACAAUACAAACACUCUCUGUACCAUGGGUGAAGUGUACACUCAUUUGGGUGUGGGUAACUCACUCUCGCUUUCAUCGCUAACCUUCUCGCUCGAUAAUCCAUACGUUGCCAAAGCCUAUGAGUAUUUGCAACGUGCAAUCUUUUCCAAUCGUACUCAUACAACGAGUUUGUUUAGAUUUGCACAGCUGCUGGAGCGUUUGGAAGAGGUCGAUCGUGCAGAGGAAUACUAUAUCUCUGCACUGGAAUCGAAUCCCAACAACAUUGCUUGUCUUCAAGAGUAUGGUAAUUUCUUGCAGACCGUUCGACACGAUCCGAUUGCUGCCGAGCCAUUCUUUGUGCGUGUCUCUGAGAACCAUCAAUAUCUACAUUUAACCUCGCAGAAACAGAAUGAGUUGAAUCUCAGAGGAUCGUCGGGACUACUCAAGGUCAAGCCAAAGUUGAGCGAUAGCAACAGCCCGUCGACAAGAUCAUCGUUAGGAGGUCACUCGAGAUCUUCAUCUACAAGUUCCGCUUCAUCCUCUGACACCAAAUCAUCACUCUCAAGUUCCUAUCGACUUUCCUUAUCACAGACAUCACAAACACAAUACAACAACAACAGCAACAGCAAUAACAACAUUGGUUCUAAAUCAACCAGUUUUCUACAAGUACCAAAACUACUCGACAAAUCCAAAUCUAGCACUCAUUUAACAACGCCUACACAUCUUUCUUCAUCAUUUCCUUCUGUUAAAACUCCAAACUCACCUCCAAACACACCAAGAUCACCAAACAACACUUUAUUUUCAACCUCUGAUCUAAACAUUUCACCAAUUCAACGACAGAAAUCUUUUAUAACUUAA